GCUGCGCGAUCGUCUUGAUCCAAAACAAAAACAACAACUUGGAGUGACCACACGCGAAUAUCGUAGGAUCGGAGAGCGUUGCGCGUGAACUCGUUUCAAUCUCAACUUCCCUUUUCGUCGAAGUUUGGAAGUUUGGAGAUCGGGGUUGUCGAUCACUUGAGGUGCCCAAACGAAAGCGUUACAAGUGGAUCAAGAAUUCUCUAACGGGAAUUGGUGUGUUUGAACCGAAGAGGAAUAAAGGGGGAAGUCUCGAUAAUAAAUCACCGGAGCCGGGCCGCCGCUCGGCUUGACAAAAUCUGGGUGACGAAAAUGGUGAACCUCCAGCCGGGAACCACCUGUGGAGUUUGGAUGGUUCUUCGUACGAGUGCCAUAGUGGGAUACCCUCAGCCAGCAGUCAGUCAGUGAGCGAGUCCUACGGGUGAUGAGUUUCGAUUUCGAUGAACUCUGGCUGGAGAGAUUCCGGUAUCGAGAGAAAGAGUGUGUUUGUGUGUGCCGCUGCUGUCGCUGAUCCGGCUAAAAAUAAAGCGUAAUAAAAUAAUGCAGGCCUAAUAGACCGGUCGUCGUCGGUGGUGUUGUCGAGUUCCGGACCGGCUUGGCUGCGCAUUCCUACCGCCUGGAAAGUUCCGCAAUGCCAAAUUGGGAAGAUUUCAGUGGGGACAGUUAUCCUACCAGUAUCGUGGCCACCAGGUGAAAAAAGUGAAGUGAUCGUAAGAUUCAAUUUGUGCUCAUAAAAAUGGUCAUACCCGAUCGAUGAAAGUCAUGCAGUGUUGGUUCCGGGGCCGAAAGGAUGGUGAAGUAGUUCUUCAAUGUCAAAAUUGGCUAACCGCCCCGUUUUUUUAUCGAAAUGGGUUGCCCUUGGGUGCCUGAAGAUCGUCGCUGUUCAAAACGUGCCGAAUAAAAUAUCUUGAUAGGGGAAGAAUCAAUAAUUUUCCAAUGUCGUUUUCAUCAAACGACACGAUGCGGCCUCUGGCCCUGCAGCGGUCCCAUUCGGUGCCGCAGCUUAAUUCCCGGGAAGAUUCCGGGGUCGGGAUCAGUGGCAGUGGAUCCUGUAGUGGGAUCAAUAACAUCGGAUACGAAUCAUCCGGUUCGAAUCAGCAUCGGCAUAAGCACCAUCACCGGCACCAUUAUCGGCACGGGGCGGAAGUGAAAAUUCCUUACGGAGCUCGGUUGGUGGCGGAUCUGCGACAGCUGAUGACCUUGAAGCAGCACUACUAUCCGGAGGGGGGUUGGGGAUGGUUGUUGACGGUGAUUGGGUUUACGAUACACUGUAUCUGCCAUGGGUUGCACCUGUCGGCGGGGGUGUUUAUGGUGGCGAUGGCGGAUGUUUUUCGAAGAGGACCGACUGCCGCAGGAUGGCUCGGUGCGCUCUCCACAGCCGUAGCCCUCUUCAUCUCCCCGAUCACAAUAGCCGUAUGCAAACGGAAGUCCACCCGCCUCACGGCCGUCAUCGGAGGUCUGGUGACAGCCCUAGGGUGCCUCUUCACAUCCUUCGCCUCCCAGUUCCAUCAGCUGUUCUUCAGCUACGGUGCUGUGGUUGGUGUUGGGGUCGGUAUGACCCGGGACUGCUCUACGCUAAUGGUGGCCCAGUACUUCAAGAAACGACGAGAGUUUGUGGAAAUCUUUAUCGUGUCCGGCAGUGGACUGGGCAUAGCGAUCAUGUCGACGUUCAUCAAAUCCGCUAUCGACGCCAUCGGGUGGCGAUUGGGUUUACAGGCCGUCACCGGGACCGUGUUUAUCACCUUCAUCCUGGGAACGUGCUAUCGCAGUGCCUCGCUGUACCAUCCGCAACGUAGAGCCAUACUGCAUUUGAAAAACCAGAAACGGAAAAUCAAGGACAAGAACAAACACGACGAUCGACCGCCGUUCUUCGACUUCAGCACCCUGAGGAGUAAGACGGUUCGGAUACUGCUGGUGUCCACAGGGAUUAGCGCUUUUGGGAUCAACACACCGAUAUUCUACCUUGCCCAUCAGGUUGAAGUGGACGGAAUCGGGGACAAGGUAAUGAUCCUCCAAACGUACCUAGGGUUGGCAUGGACCCUGGGUUGUGCCGCGUUUGGGAUGCUUGUCGUUAGAAAUAGUGUAGAGUGUCGAAUAGCGCGACAGUACCUUUGCCAGACGGCAACGUUGAUGUGUGGCCUCUGUAUUCUGGCCCUGACGGCAGUCCACGGCAACUACCAUGGCUACGUGAUGUUCGUAUGGAUCUACGGUAUCUUCUGUGGAGGUUAUCACUAUUCACUGAAAAUGUAUACCUAUGAAAAAGUUCGGGCAAGGAACUUUGCUAGAGCCUGGGGAUUCGUCCAGUUUUCUCAGGCAAUUCCGAUUGCUUUGGGGGUUCCAAUCUCUGGCUACAUGAACGAAAGCGGCUACGGUAAGGCUGGGUAUUACUUCAGCUCAGCCUGUGCAGUACUUGGAAGUCUUUUGAUGUUCUUGAUCGAUCUGCAUCGGCGGAACGUUUCCAGGCAUAAACAUACUAGAGCCAACGGAACACGUCAACUCUGCGUAUCGGAGACCUGUCCGCAGCGAAGAAAGUUGUCGUUUUCACAAGAACCAGACAACGAGCCAGGCAUUAUAACCGGCAAUACGGCCAUGAUGAUUGGACCGGAGCUUCUAAUACCUCAGCUAACUGACGGUGCCAUCGUCGAUCCUGCGAUUAACGGGGCAGAUAAGCUGGAGCUUACUUGCAUUUCAGAGGAGGGUAUUGCAGACAUGGAUCUACCCGAUAACCUCCUCGACGAUUUAGACUACGUCGGAGACUGUAUCACAUCCUGUAACAAGGUUGAAAAUUACCUUAUGCUGAGUGAGUUCGAGAACAAUCUUAGCGCUGAAGUUCCUAUUCUCCUGGACAAGCGAGGUCGUAAGCUAUCACUGUCCAAAACGAAAGCCCUACUGAACAACUGCCAACUGCACUAUCCGGACUGCAAUCUGGAGCAACUGCAACAACAGCAGCUGCUGCUGCAACAGCAACAGCAACAACAACAUCCACCGAUCAUUUCCCCAAUCAUGGAGCAGGAGGACUCGGGGACGGAUCUUCAGAGUCAAGCUCACAACCAUAAUCACAAUCACAGCAGUGGUAGUGCUGCCAUUGGCAGUCAUCACGCACAUCACCAGAAUCACCACCACAAGCAUCACAAACAACAGCAGGAUGAAGGUGGAGGUGAAGGCGGAGGAGGAGGAGGCUCCGGAGGCAUGACAUCUGUCAGCAAUGGCGGCAAACACUGUCGGCUGAAUCAAAAAUGGCGCCCAGGGCAUCAACAGUCCGGAGCGUUCCUUAGCAACCGAGUGAUAUCUGUGAUCGAUGAAGCCUCUGUUUAGGCGCUUCCAGGAACAAUAGAGAGUGUCUUUGAAUUGGUUCUGAACUAAAUUGAAACAAGGUUCAACAGAUGUUGAAAGCAUUUAAUGAGAUUACUGAAAUUGACAGCUCAAAGCCGUUGAGAGAGAUUGGUUUAGGGAGUGAUGAUGAAACAAUAUUGUGUGGAUCCUAGAAAGAAAAUAAAAAAAGCAUAAAUCGUAUCAGCUUCUCAAACCAAUAGAUUUUGGAACUUAACUACCCUCGAUACCCUCAUUUUUUCCUAGUGGUUCAAAUUCCAUGUUUUCACAACUCCAUUGAUAAAUCAAUAUUCAAUGCUUAUUUUAGAAAAAAAUUUCACCGAUUUUCAUUUUUUAAAUUAAACGUUAUGAGCCACAUUUUUACCGUUUCUGAAAGAAAGAAAAGAUACUUUUGAGGUUAUAUAUAUUGAAUCAGAAAGUCAAUCAACCGAAUUGUUUACAACCUGAAAACAACUGUCACUGCCAAACAAAAAUAACAGUUUUUUAAACAAAAAUAACUACCGCAUUUAUUAAUGUGAGAUUUGUCAUCUCGACCGUGUUGUUCACAAUAAUCUAAAUAUGUUUUCAAAAUUCGGUACUCCAAAUAUUAUAAUCCUUAGAACAUAAAUAUGACGUGAAGUCUCACUCUUAUGUACAUAGGAACAAAACCACAAAAAACAACCUACCCAUGCAACAAAGUCGAAUUCCAAUGCUAGAAACUAUGUAGCCUUUUGUCAGCUAAUCCAUUCAAUCUUUAUAUAGGAAAAAAAAACCAUUUUAUCUCCCCAUAUGCGUUAGAAUCAAACUGAAACACUACUAAUUAGGCUAAGAUCAAUUGAAAGAAUCGACAUCAGGUCACAAAUUGUACAGAAAGUAUAGGAAAUUCUAUUGCAAGUUUAAGAGUGAACACAGUUUAUGUAAGUGCAACUAAAGCUAUACAAAUUAAAGCCAACAUAAUCUCUCUCGAUUUAUUUAUAUGGAAAUGUGCGGCUGAUGGAUCCGGAGACAAGUUUUUUCCGGUCGAUUAGCGAUUGAGAAACAAUAUUGAGCGGAUAUGUAUUACACCUUUGGCAGCGAGUAAUACUUAUACAUAUAUUUAUACAUAUUUAUUGCUAUACGAUAUACAACGCCUACACACAAUUGUAUAUUUCAUACAAAAUAAUGAAGUUGGAAACAAAUGAAAAAAAAACUAUAUUAUUUAAAU